UUUUGAUCCAGAGAACCCUUUAAAACCCCUUUUCUGAAUAAUUGGUUUUAAAAGGGUUCUCACUAACACUAAGGGUUCCAGUAAGAACUAUUUUGAUCCAGAGAACCGUUUUUGGAAGAAAGAGUUCUUCAGGGAUUGUUGAAAGCAUGGGUAGGAUCCUGUGUCACCAGGGACAUACUUCCUGAUAACAUUUGCCAAUAAUGGUGCAAAAUACAUUUCCUUGUGACUACUGAUACAAAUACUUUUCAUAUACAAUUUUUUUGUUUAUUUUAAAGCAGACUCUUCUUCCCCAGAUCCUGUUGAUCAAACUGUAACAUAAUUGCCCAUCUUGGGAUUUGAACACCUGCCACCCAGUCUAAAGUCACUGGCAAUAGUGACUGAGCUAACCAGCUGGCUGCCUUCAGUCAUUAGGUCCACCAUACUAGUCUAUUACCUUACACCUUCUGAUCAGACAUACAAAUAAUGGCAGUCCUAUAACUGAAAUGGUCUGUUACCAAUUUAUUUCCACAACCAUUAAUUAUAAGAAAGCAAGAUCUUCAUCAGCAAAUCUUGUUGACUCAGGCAAAGAUUAGCUGUGACUGGGAGGACCAUUUUUGAAAUCUGCCUGGACAACUGCUGUCUGGCUGGUGAUUCCGUUUGAGAAAUAGCUCAGUGAUUUAGGAGCUGGUUCUUGGUGCCAAAGAACCUGGGUUCAAGCCCUGACAAAGGCGGUGAUGACAGCUCCUGAAAAUGCCAGAUGGUCUUUGUGAAGCAAACAUAUACAUUUUAGAGUCAUGAUAGAUUAAACAUCAGUUAUUAACUUAUGGAGCAAAUCGAAUCAAUUAAAAAAUCAAAUUACCAAUCCAUUCUGUCUAGAUGCAAUAUGUGUAUUUUCAGAUUUUUGUCUUGAUAACUGAUAUAUUUACAGUGGUUUCAAAUCUGCAUGCACAACAGUGAAUGGCUUAAUCAAUUUGUGAAGCCACUGUUGAAUUGUCACUUGCCAAUUAGCUCAGCAUGCUAGACCACAGUCUUUGGUUCUAUUGUUGUGGAUUUUAGCCUCAACUGGUGCAAAAGGAACAUUAUAUUGUCAACUUUCUUGCCUUCCUGUUCUCCUGUUUGUUGCUCAGAAUUGCCUUAAUUUGCCAAAAAUCGCCCGGACCCGACCCAUCGCUGCGCAGCAGUUAUAAUUGUGUUUAUUUAGUUUAGUUACACCACUCCCUUCUUCAGGAGGAAAUGACACACAGCAAAGAACUAGCAAGGUGGUCCCUGCAGCAAGGAUAUAACCCCUCUUUCUGGGGCAUCUAAGUGAGCUAUACGACUCACUGGACAAAGGCUUUUGAAAGUUUGUUACAAAUCAGGUGAUCUAGGGAUACAGUUUGAAGUUGUGAGUUCAAGGCCUGGUUGAUGCAGAGUGACCAUGUUAAUGCAUACUGAGGUGAUGUGUGGAUUAGUGACAGACAAUUUAAAACAUAUCAAACACUUAUUUUACAGACAAUUUUACUCAUGUAUUUGUCUCCUCCUCAUACUUUUCCAUGAUCGGCCUCAUCCCAUGGCUGCUGUACCCUGCUGACUGGCUUAGUCGAAUUGUGAAGCUGCAUAUAAGUUCAUUGAUAGACAACGGUCUUUAAUGUCAGAGGCCAAGCCUUAACUGAUGCAAAAAUCACACUGUAAUGCUGACUUUGAGGCUACUACAUCAGGGUUUGUUGAUACUGGGAAUUGAACCCUGAUCUCCCAGGGGAAAGGGCAAGGUUUGGUGUGUUGGGCCAGGGAGCUGGCAUGAUGGUGGCUGUCAUGUGUGAGUUAAGAGCUGGUUGCCCCAUGGAUUGCACCACAUGGUCUGGUCUUUCCUGCCUACAAACCAGGUGUGACAUACCAAUAGUGAUUACUGUGAACAGAACAGAACAAAGAAGAACAGGAGAGAGAACAGAAGAAACUUCCGAGAAUCAAGGCUCAGGAGAGUGAAGAAUGUAGAGAGGAUGAAAGGAGCAUUGAAGCUCAUAUCAAUGAAAUGUCUACAGAGAUGCUUAAGGUACACCCAGAUCUGAACUCUUUAAAGGAGAGAAUGAGACGAACCUAUGCAUACCGAAAGACCUUCAUGGCAACUGCCAAGGCAGAGGAAAUCAUCGAAAAGUUUCCCGCACUGAAGCUUCCUAAAAUACUUCUGUGGGAGAUGAAGGAGCAAUUCCUUGUAGAAGCUGAUCGCAGAAUGGUCACAGAGCUGGAUCGAAUGGCAACGAAGACGGUUCAAAGAGCAUCUAUGUGUGACCUAAAGGACUGCUGCCAGAGGGCAAUCAAUGCCUGCCUGGAUGAUUCAGUAAGACGAGGACUCAUUAGGGAUGCAGCAAUUCUACUGCUGCCUUCCAUUUUCAGAGAGGACUCAUCCUUUCUAUACACUCUACUGGAGGAGCCAAGCGUGCCUACUCCAGCAAUCAUGCUCCAUAACACACACGAGGGGAACCCUUUGCAGGCACAAAGGAUAACCCUAUACCUGGAUGGUAUACAGGUUUUGACUGAGGACAGCAGCAUGGACAUAUCAUAUGCUAUGAGUGCAUUAAUGUCACUCUAUUUUGUUUUUGCUGUCCAGUACCCAAAGGAACUGAGAACAACUCUUAUUUUCAUUGAAAGAUUUGUGUUGGGGAUCAAGGACCACAGUGUUGUACCCAUUUCAGUGAAGAGACUAUACAACUGUGUCGGAAGUGGGGAGUAGUGAGUAGAUGUGUUGCAGCAUGGGAUUUCAUGCGUUAUGUUCUUGUUAAUGGUCAAAUUCCUGCUGCUGCCCUUUGUUUGUACAUAUUGAUUAAAAAAAUAUCCCUUAUUUAAUACAUAUUUUGGACCAAUACAUUUUGUUUGAUUUUGGCAUAGUGAUGUCUCUAGAUUUCCAUUAUUGUUACAAUACGUAACAUUUUGAGUACUUAUUACAUAACACUGAAAAGUAUUUCAACAUUAUUUAAAUCAAUGUGAAAACUUUGUGGGAUUCCCUCACUUUCUCAUGAUUCUGUUCCACUGUCACAAUUAGUACAUACAGUAUGUACGCUGAUUCUUUUCAUUGGACCAUGCAUUAUUUUAUUGUUGGUAGAUAGCUUACAAUAAGGCGCAGUAAAUGCAGUAAGUGCACCUUGGAUUGAUUGAACUAAAACUAUUUUGUGUCUCUUUCUGCCAUGUCACCAUUGCUGGAGAUUUAUUUACACAAAUUCACCUACUGAGGACAGCAUGAUGUGUCUGGCCUGUCAUGUUGCUGAUUCCACUGGACCUAUGCUGACUUUUGACCUGUUCUCCCCUGGGACCUACACAGCCUCUCCUGUUUUGUUGGACUAUCUUUAAAUAAAUGUUUUUCUCA